AUGGCUGAGGGGGAUGGUGCCAGCUCUGACUGUGAGGAGGCUUAUAAAGGAUCUGUGGUGGGAACUUGGGGCAGGAAUGAUGAAGAAGGAGGAGGGGAAGAAUAUUCUGGAGCUCUUCCUGGUCUCCCUACUUCAUAUGCUGCUUUGAUAAGAAUUAAGAAAAGUUCAUCUUCAUCCCUCUAUGGUUCCAAGACCAGACCACGAUACAGCAAUCCUUCAUUAGGAACACUGAGUGUUUCUUCACCAAGCUGGCGAGGAGCAGCUCAACAUUAUUAUUCUCCCAUCAAUCUUUAUCAUUCCUCAGAUGCCUUCAAACAAGACGAAAGUGUGGACUAUGGGCCAGUGUUUGUUCAAGAACCAGAUGAUAUAAUUUUCCCAACUGAUUCUGAUGAAAAGAAAGUGGCACUGAAUUGUGAAGCGCGUGGCAACCCAGUUCCCAAUUACAGAUGGCUCCGAAAUGGAACAGAAAUAGAUUUGGAAAGUGACUAUCGCUACAGUUUGAUAGAUGGGACCUUCAUUAUAAGCAAUCCAAGUGAAGCAAAGGAUUCUGGUCAUUAUCAAUGUUUAGCAGCCAACACAUUUGGAAGUGUUCUUAGCAGAGAAGCUAUUCUUCAGUUUGCCUAUCUGGGAAAUUUUAGUGGCCGGACAAGAAGUGCAGUCUCUGUGAGGGAAGGCCAGGGAGUUGUUCUGAUGUGCUCUCCUCCGCCUCAUUCACCAGAGAUCAUCUAUAGCUGGGUAUUUAAUGAAUUCCCUUCCUUUGUGGCGGAAGACAGCCGGCGGUUCAUUUCCCAGGAGACAGGCAACCUUUAUAUUUCUAAAGUCCAAACAUCAGAUGUUGGCAGCUAUAUUUGUCUGGUGAAAAACACAGUGACGAACGCUCGAGUACUUAGUCCUCCAACACCACUCACUCUACGUAAUGAUGGUGUGAUGGGAGAAUAUGAGCCGAAAAUUGAGGUCCAUUUCCCUUUCACAGUUACAGCUGCUAAGGGAACAACUGUUAAGAUGGAGUGCUUUGCACUUGGCAACCCAGUUCCAACAAUCACAUGGAUGAAAGUUAAUGGUUAUAUUCCUAGUAAGUCACGUCUGCGUAAAUCUCAGGCAGUGCUGGAAAUACCCAAUGUGCAGCUGGAUGAUGCAGGCAUUUAUGAGUGCAGAGCUGAAAAUUCACGUGGAAAAAAUUCCUUUCGUGGACAAUUACAAGUAUACACAUACCCACACUGGGUUGAGAAACUGAAUGAUACUCAGUUAGACAGCGGAAGCCCUCUCCGAUGGGAAUGUAAAGCUACUGGAAAACCCAGACCCACAUACCGCUGGCUGAAAAAUGGAGUACCCCUCUUGCUUCAGAGUAGGAUUGAGAUGGUUAAUGGAGUAUUGAUGAUCCACAAUGUGAAUCAGUCAGAUGCUGGAAUGUAUCAGUGUUUGGCUGAAAAUAAAUAUGGAGCCAUUUAUGCAAGUGCUGAGCUGAAGAUUCUAGCUUCAGCUCCCACUUUUGCACUGAAUCAACUGAAGAAAACAAUCAUUGUUACCAAAGGCCAAGAAGUUGUCAUAGAGUGCAAACUCCAAGGCUCUCCAAAACCAACCAUCUCUUGGAAGAAGGGAGACAAAGCAGUUAGAGAAAAUAAAAGAAUAGCUAUUCUUCCAGACGGGAGUCUGCGGAUCCUAAAUGCUUCUAAAUCAGAUGAGGGAAAGUACGUUUGCCAAGGGGAAAAUGUCUUUGGUUCUGCUGAAAUCAUAGCUUCAAUAUCUGUAAAAGAACCUACAAGAAUAGAACUUACGCCUAAAAGAACAGAGUUGACGGUGGGAGAAAGCAUCGUCCUUAAUUGCAAAGCAAUUCACGAUGCUAGCUUGGAUGUCACUUUCUACUGGACACUAAAAGGACAGCCUAUCGAUUUCCAGAAGGAAGGUGGACAUUUUGAAAGCAUCAGGGCCCAAGCAUCCUCUGCAGAUUUAAUGAUCAGGAACAUCCUUCUGAUGCAUGCUGGGAGAUAUGGCUGCAGGGUACAGACCACAGCAGACAGUGUGUCAGAUGAGGCAGAACUUCUUGUUAGGGGUCCCCCAGGCCCACCAGGGAUAGUGAUCGUUGAGGAAAUCACUGACAGCACAGCCACACUCUCAUGGAGUCCAGCCGCUGACAACCACAGCCCAAUCUCCUCCUACAAUCUGCAGGCUCGCAGCCCGUUCUCCCUGGGCUGGCAAACAGUCAAAACAGUUCCAGAAAUCAUAACAGGGGACAUGGAAUCAGCCAUGGCAGUGGACCUGAACCCCUGGGUGGAAUACGAAUUUAGAGUGGUGGCCACCAAUCCUAUUGGGACUGGAGAUCCUAGUACCCCGUCUCGAAUGAUCCGCACAAAUGAAGCAGUUCCAAAGACAGCACCCACCAAUGUAAGUGGAAGAAGUGGAAGAAGACAUGAAUUAGUCAUCGCCUGGGAGCCAGUAUCUGAAGAGUUUCAGAAUGGAGAAGGUUUUGGCUAUAUUGUGGCUUUCAGACCCAAUGGAACACGUGGCUGGAAGGAAAAAAUGGUGACAUCCUCAGAAGCUUCAAAAUUCAUUUAUCGAGAUGAAAGUGUCCCUCCUCUCACUCCCUUUGAAGUGAAGGUUGGCGUUUAUAACAAUAAAGGGGAUGGACCUUUCAGCCAAAUUGUGGUCAUAUGUUCAGCUGAAGGAGAACCCAGUGCUGCUCCCACAGAUGUCAAGGCUACAAGUGUGUCUGUGUCAGAGAUUCUUGUUGCAUGGAAACAUAUUAAAGAGAGUCUAGGAAGACCACAGGGAUUUGAGAUUGGUUAUUGGAAAGACAUGGAACAAGAAGAUGCAGCAGAAACCAUCAAAACUAGGGGGAAUGAGUCAUCCAUCAUCCUGACAGGAUUAGAAGGAAACACGCUCUAUCACUUCACAGUGAGGGCUUAUAAUGGAGCUGGAUACGGGCCACCUAGCAGUGAAGUGAGUGCAACCACCAAGAAAUCCCCCCCUAGUCAAGCACCUAACAACGUCAGGUGGGAGCAGCAAGGCUCUCAGCUUUCUCUGGGCUGGGAACCCGUCAGACCAUUAGCCAACGAGUCUGAAGUCAUGGGCUACAAGGUUUUUUAUAGGCAAGAGGGUCACAGCAACAGUCAAGUCAUUGAAACACAGAAACCUCAAGCAGUGGUACCACUCCCUGAUGCUGGAGUCUAUAUUAUUGAAGUUCGAGCAUACAGUGAAGGAGGAGAUGGAACAGCUAGUUCCCAAAUCAGGGUCUCAUCAUAUUCAGGUGGGAAAAUCACUAGUGCUCAGUCAACCCUCCACACUCUCUCCACGUCCUCAUCAUCAGUAACGUUGCUUUUGGCACUGGUGAUUCCUUCAACCUCUUGGUGAAAACUACAGACUUAAUUUGUUUUUCUUUGCUUUAACUUUGAUAACAACAGUGAAGAAAGUAUAGUGUAAGUGGAGACCCAGGACCUUGAAAUGAGCAUUAAAAACAUGGAACUACACAUGGUGCACUUAUAGGAGGUUGGGAAGCAUAGUACCUAUCCAUCAGGUUUCUCUUUGGUUUUUGUAAAUGAAGAGGACAGUUCUUGGUCCAAUUAAAAUAUGCAGAUUGUAUGUAAUGAAUUUUUGUAAACAAAGGUAAUUUCUGUCAAAUGUAUUCUUUACUAUUUUUAGUAUGUUGGAAUUUGAUUCUAUAUCCGAUGACCCUGAGUGUGUGCCAUCCAUUCGUUAAACAAGUGGUCUCUAGCAGAUCUAUUUCAAACACGAAUACAAAACUGAGAAUGAAAAAUGUGCUCAAAACUCCAAGUCUACUGUUUAUCGUUUUUCCUUCGGCUGACUAUUCCAAUUGGCAAACCAGCAGGAGUUAUGAAGAAAUACUUCAGUUGUGUGCUCCAUUAUAGGAUAAGUACACAAAAGUUUCCUUGAAAAAUAUUAUAAGAUGGCAUAGUGAAAUAGCAAAAUUUGUCAAAAUGCCAUUCUAUAUGCAUCCCUAGAGCAAGUUAUUAGGGUAGGGAAUAAGCCAUUUAUAUUAGUGCAAGGUAAAUAGAAAGUGAGUCCAAAUGAAUUGAAGUGCUGUUGUUUUUCAUCAAGUACUAUGUUACCUAGCUGCAAAUAUAGUAAAUGUUUAUUUUUAAUAACAAAAGAUAAUUUAAAAUCACUAUAUAUAUAUAUAUAUGAUCACUAAAAGCUGCAGAAACUGACAUGCUGCCAAGGGUGCUAACUUAAUGAAUAUGGGACAGAGCGUUCCCAUUUCCCCACCUACUGCCAAAACAGGUAUUGAAUUAGGCCCAAGGUUUUCUUCUAAUUGCAAAUAAUUUUAAGGACAAUGAACAUUUUUUCAACAAGUAAUUAUGCCUACAUAUAGCCUGUGGACUAAAAUGGUUCAAGCAUAACAAAUGUUAAUUUAAAAAAAAAACAGUUCCAUGCAUACAUGCCAUUAAUUAAAUCUCACUAACUAUUCAAAUAAAGAGGACCUCCUGGAUAAAUUGAUUUUUUAAAAUUAAGCUAUGUAUGGAAAUAUGGCCUCAGCACAGGGUCUGAGCUAGUCCAACCAGCCAUACACUGCUGUAGCGGUGAUACCCAUUUGUUACUGUGAGGAGUCCCCUUAAACCUAAGUGAUCCUAGAUAGUUGCUGGAAAGUGAGAUGAACGUUUUCUCUGUGAUGGUAGUAUACAGAAGUUCUGAGAACAUGCCAGAGCUCAUAUUACACCAAAAAUAAUUCCUGAAGGAUAGUUAUUGC